AUGACGACCGAAGCGCCCCUCCCCUUCGUCUACCAGUUCGCCGCCGGCGCCGUCGCCGGUGUGUCCGAGAUCCUGAUCAUGUACCCAUUAGACGUGGUCAAGACACGAGUACAAAUCCAAGGAAAAGUGCCAAUCCCAGGUCAGGACCACUACACGAGCAUGGUGGAUUGCUUUAGGAAGAUUAUCAAGAAUGAAGGCUUCUCUCGUCUCUAUCGCGGUAUCUCCGCCCCCAUCCUCAUGGAAGCACCCAAGCGCGCGACCAAAUUCGCAGCCAACGACGAGUGGGGCAAGAUCUACCGCAACGCAUUCGGUGUCGCGAAGAUGAACCAGUCGCUGUCUAUUCUCACCGGAGCCUCAGCCGGAGCCACCGAGUCGUUCGUCGUCGUACCGUUCGAGCUCGUCAAGAUUCGAUUGCAGGACCGCGCCCAAGCCGCCAAAUACAACGGCAUGCUCGACUGCGUCGCCAAAAUUGUCCGCCAAGAAGGCGUCCUCACCCUCUACCAAGGCCUCGAAUCCACCAUGUGGCGCCACAUCCUCUGGAACGCGGGCUACUUCGGCUGCAUUUUCCAAGUCCGCGCCCUGCUCCCCGAGAACCCGACAAAAGACAAGGGUAUCCAGAUGCGCAACGACCUGCUGAGCGGAGCGAUCGGAGGCACUGUGGGAACCGUGUUGAACACGCCGAUGGAUGUCGUCAAGAGUCGGAUUCAGAACUCGCCCAAGGUUCCGGGAGGCGUGCCAAAGUAUGGGUGGGCGUGGCCGGCGUUGGGAACGGUGAUGAAGGAGGAGGGGUUUAGUGCGUUGUAUAAGGGGUUCUUGCCGAAGGUGUUGAGGUUGGGACCUGGUGGCGGUAUUCUCCUCGUCGUGUUCACAGGGGUCAUGGAUUUCUUCAGAAAGAUGAGGGAUGAAAAGGCGUAG